AUGGCAGAGAAUUCUAAUAAUCCAUAUGAUAUUAAUGGGCAGCACUUCAACCCUGAUAUGUAUUUCCAAAAACUAUUGAAAGAAUGCACAUUGAAACAAAUUAUGGAUCAUGAAGCAGAAAUCAUAAAAAAUACCCAAAUAUUGAAUUCUGAUAUGCAAACUUUAGUAUAUGAAAAUUAUAAUAAAUUUAUAUCUGCUACUGACACUAUCAGAAAGAUGAAAACUGAUUUUAAAGAAAUGGAAGAUAGUAUGGAUUUACUGGCAAAAAACAUGGAUAGUAUUACUACUUUUUCAGAACAGAUUUCAUCAACAUUGCAGGGUACUAGGCAGCAAAUUUCUAAAUUAUCCUCUGUUCAUGCUUUAUUGAAAAAGUUACAAUUUCUCUUCAAGUUGCCUGGUAAUCUUAAAGAUAAAAUAAACGAAGAGAAUUAUGGACAGGCAGUAGAUGAUUAUAUUCAUGCACAACGUGUAUUAAAUCAGUAUGGUAAUAUGCCUUCCUUUCAAGGAAUACAAAAAGACUGUGAGGAUAUUGUAGAGGAACUUAAAUCAAGGUUGAGGAUGCAUUUUCACGAAAAAAAUACACCAGCUGCAUCCUUAGCUGAAAAUGUAGAACUCCUGUUACAGCUGAAAGAACCAGCUGAAUCUCUGUGCGCCGAAUUUUUAACACAUGCAGAUGGAAAGCUAGCUACCCAGCUAGAAAUUUUGGAAGAUAUGUCUACAAAUGAUAUCAUAGAAUUUGUAGAUAUGGCCAGUUCAGGAUUUCUUAGCGAUUUGUGCCUGAUUGUUGCAUCUUACUACGAAAUGUUCAUAAAUAGACCACCAUCGGAAGAAAACGAAUUUCCAGACGACUUUGACACGAUAGCUCUUCCGCGUUUGAACACUUUUAUCAUGAAAAAUAUGAAAAAGUAUUUCGAUCUUAUGGGAAAAAGAGUAGAGAAUGUGGCUGAUACAGAUGUGUUGGUAAAAGCAUUAGACAAAUUCCACAGAAAAAUACAGGCUAUGAAUGUAUUGUGCAAAGGAACAGAUUUUGCAAGGACAAGUACCGAUAUCGUUAUUAACGCUGGCAGAAAACAAUGUCGGAAUCAUUUGGACAGUUUAAAGUCUCACUUAAACGAAAUACUUGUUAAAGUGAAACAAAUAUUGAAUCCGAAAAAUUCUCAAGAAAGGGACAGUAAUGAUGGUAGAAUAAAAGAGAUGCCAGAACUUCAGGCAUUGCUUAUAAUGCCUAUUAUUGAAAAAGUUAAAGGUGUUUUACAAGACUUAUUGGUAUUCAUACAACGACGUUUGUCGUUCAAUGUGCAAACGGAAUUUCUCCAAAACUUUUGUGUGGAUGAAGUUAGGGAAGGAUUAGUCGUUGGAUUUCUUCAUCAUAUAAUUGUCAUUGCAAAUGGAUUCUGUAUCGGACCAGAGGUCUCGAAGUACUCUACUCUCCUACUUUUACUGAGCAAAAUGUGCAUCGAGUAUAAAGAAGCUAAUGUGAAAUAUUUGCUAAAUAUCACCGACGAGCUAUUCAAUAUCGAACAGUACACGUCGUCUGGAAACGUGGUUACGUCCAAGUCAGAGAUAUGCGACAAGUUCCAAGAAGCGGCGCAAAAUUUAUUGAACUAUUACGUGCGUAUUCAAGGCUUGUCCGUGUCGCAGAUGUUAGGGAAAUCUGUCGAAACGAGAGACUGGUUGAGCACGAACGAACCAAGGACAGUUAGAGUAGCAAUGAAGAUGGUCGUAGAACAUGUGACGCUAAUCGAUACUCAAGUCGCUGCUUUAUACGACGACACUGACGGUCAAGUCGACAGAAGCAGCGACAGCAGUAGAAGAACCCACAGCGUCAGUGUAUCGAGACAUCACUAUAGAUCCAGCUGGUCGUCGUACAUGCCUAAUCAUAUAGAUUCGUCGUUGGUGACGAAUAUUCAUAAAUUAUUCUCAGAGCGCAUCGAAAUUUUCUCAUCGGUUCAAUUCAACAAAGCCUCUAUUCUUACCGGGAUCAUCAAAAUAAGUUUAAAGACCUUCCUGGAAUACGUCAGAUUACGAACGUUCAGUAAAUACGGGCUGCAACAAAUUCAAGUGGACACUCAUUAUUUGCAACUCUAUCUAUGGAGAUUUGUAUCAGACGAGAACGUCGUUCAUUUCUUACUGGAUGAAAUACUUGGUAGUGCUGUACAUAGAUGUUUAGAACCAGUUCUAAUGGAGCCAAGUGUGGUCGAUAUAAUUUGUGAAAGAGGCUGA